AUGGCCGGCUUCGUUCAAAUUUAUACGAAGUGCUUCCUUUUUUACUGACUUUGCUCAUUAUUAUUGAGUAUGUUGCCAUUAUGACUACAAAGAUAGUCCAUUAAAGUCUAGUCCAUCUUUAAUUUCUUCUUUAUUUAGUUUUCUAACUAAUUGUGACGACAUUGGAAAGUGACAAUGCCGUGACGAGAGAAGAUGCUCAACAGAUUGGAACGCAGCCCAACGGCGCCGACGUUUGAAAUCCCUCAGUCGUUGUUGCGUCGCGUUUUUUGCUCAUAUUUUUUUUUACGCGUUUAUGACUCAUAUAAUCUUGUUUAUUCCGUUUUGAAAACAUUUCGGGUAGUCAUGGGUGUUCAGCAUUUGUGGUCUAUCAUCGAGCCGGUUCGUGAGUCGGUGCCGCUGUACAGUUUGAGCGGAAAGACGCUGGCAGUAGACCUGAGCUUGUGGAUAUGCGAGGCCCAGCAUGUCCAAGCAAUGAUGGGCCGAGUUACAAAGCCCCACCUGAGAAAUCUAUUUUUCAGGGUGUCAUCCCUCACCCUCAUGGGGGUUAAGCUUGUCUUCGUCAUGGAAGGAGAAGCCCCUAAGAUGAAGGCAGAGACAAUGAGCAAGAGGACAGAAACAAGAUAUGGACGAGUCAAAAAGGCUCCUGCCUCCAAGUCUACAACCAACACCAGCAGAGGGCGCUUUAAUGCUGUACUGAGAGAGUGUGCAGAGAUGUUGGACAACAUGGGUGUGCCGUGGGUGACAGCUGCCGGGGAGGCUGAGGCCAUGUGUGCCUACCUGGACUCUCAGGGUCUGGUGGAUGGCUGCAUCACUAACGAUGGAGAUGCUUUCUUGUAUGGAGCCCGUACUGUGUACAGGAACUUCAACAUGAACAGUAAAGACCCUCAGGUGGAGUGUUACAUGACCUCCAGGGUACAAACCGAGUUGCAUCUCUCCAGAGAGAAUCUUGUCGGCCUGGCCGUCCUCCUUGGCUGCGACUAUAUUCCUAAAGGCAUAUCGGGCGUUGGUAAAGAACAAGCUCUGAAGCUUAUCCAGAUGCUGAAAGGACAAACACUUCUGCAGAGGUUCAUCCAGUGGAAGGAGGAGACUGCUGGAGUGUCUGUGGGAGUUGUGAAGAAGGUCGCUCACUGCCAUGUGUGUCGACAUCCUGGCUCAGCUAAAGCACACGAACGUGGCGGCUGCAUGCUUUGCAACAGUAAACAGUUCUGUCAACCUCAGGACUUUGACUACCAGUGUCCCUGUGACUGGCAUCGCUACGAACAGACCCGCCAGGCCACGUCCUUUGAGGCUAAUAUCAGGAAAAAAACACUGGCAAGCUCAAAGUUCCCUUUCACAGAGAUCAUUCAUGAAUUCCUGAUUUCCAAGGAUAAGCCUGUGUCGCAUUUCAAGAGGAGACAGCCAAAUAUACUUCUAAUGCAGAAAUUUGCUUUGCAAAAGAUGGAGUGGCCGAAGCACUACACCAGUGAAAAGGUUUUAGUUUUGAUGACCUAUGCUGAGUUGAUGAACAGAAAAUACGGGAGAGAAUCGUCUUCCCAAAUCAAGCCUCUCGGGAUAUUGAAGCCGAGGGUGAGGAAUGCUGUUCCCUGCUUUGAAAUCAUCUGGAGCACACCAGAACAUUUUGUCUUUCCUGAGGAUCGACCUGUAGACGAUCAACACGAGGUGAGGACGGUGGAGGAAGAGUCUCUGUUCCGUGUGGCUUUCCCAGAGAUAGUGGAGAGCUACCUGAGAGACAAAGCUCAGGCCGCAGAGAAUAAGACAAAGAAGAGAAAGCCGAAGAGUAAAAAGGAGAAGCAGUCAGAUGAUUCUGAGGGUAUUUCGGACCUCUUAGCUCGGAUGACCCUCCAGAGUUCCUCCAACACUCCACCACAAACGCUGCUCCCUGUCAUUUCUAACCCUGAGGAGCCAGAGGUGCUGGUUUUGGACACUCCAGUUAAGCAUGAUCAUCAGCAAACGUCAAAAAAAGAUCAUAGCAACCUGGUUGAUUGCUCAAAUAUACAUCUGUCUCGUGCAGAAUCUGAGACUAUUGCUUCACCUUCAGUCUCUGCCGUUAUUGACGCUCUACACCUGAGCGAUAUAAACUGGGACGCUUCGUCCUUCAUGUCCUCUCCGACUCCACAACCAGCUGCAAACCACAACACAGAGCCCAGGCUGAGCAAAACCACAGACAGAGAUGUGAAGGAGGCAGAGGGGAAAAUCAUCCAAGACGAGGUCAAAGAAAGCGAGUCCAAGUCUGCUCCAGAGUCGUGCUCCGCAGAGUGUCCACUGAGGGAGAGGUUGCUUAUGAGGAACACAGCUAAACAAUUAGCCCCUCUCAAACUAAUGUCUUCUAAAAACUCAAAACCAAAUGGAGAGAUCCCCAUUAAAGGUAGCAGUGAUAGUAAGGAAUCUGGUGUUUACAGAAAGGCACCACUCAGUGCAACAAACAAGUUAGAAACGGCAGCGUACAACUCAAAACAGCAGCUGAAGUCCACAACACAAACUCAAAGUAAGACGAACGACACAUGUGACAUCUCCAGAAAGCCUCCUCAGAAAUAUAGAUUUGUUAAAAAAGCAUUUUCCUCAUCAGCCGUCCCGCCACCGAGGUGCCAGCCUGAUCCAGGCCAAAGCAACAAAGACAAGAGUGUGCCAGAAAGCACCAAGAGGAGUGUGUGUGUAAGUGUUUGUACAUCCAGUGAGGAGAGUGAUGCAGAGAAUCAGCUGUUGGGAGCACAAAGGAAAGCUAAGAACAAGACUGUUAGCAAGCUUAAGGGAAGGGUCCUCGUAGAGCCCCCCCUAAAGCCCAUCUCUGCACCAAAACCAGCUAAAGAGGCUCACAAGGUUCAGUUUUCCUUAAUCCCAAAACCUAAGAGGCAUGUGGAUCCAGAACUAAAAAGAGUCCCUGUAUUACCAAAUAGCAAAUGUCCGAAUGUUUCACCAUCUUAUUUGAAUGCUGAUGCGUUCUCUCCAAAUCCAGCGUCACCGGUCUCUUUGUUAGAAAGUGACGAUUCGGUUAUUUGCACCGAGAGUCCGCUGCCACUUUCUGAGAGACUGAGGUUGAAGUUCCUGAAAUGAGCAGCAUGAUAACAAGAUGAUGGACACGGACAUAAAAGCUGUUGAACAUUUAUUAUAACCCUGGAGAUAGAGAUUGACAACAAAAACAAGUCAUUUAUUGCUUUUUACAGUAGAGCUGCAACAAUCCAAAAAUUGUUUGUUCUUUAUUUUUCGAGCAAAUGAGUCCAGCUGUGAUGGUUUCUUUUCCUCAAAUCUAAGAAUUUCAUGCAUUUCUGUGUCUUAAAUUUAGAAUACAUUAAAUGUUGUGCUUUGGGUUGUUGAAUCAAAACUACAUUCAGAUGUCAUUAGCUCAGUUUUUGCAUUUUAAUCUGGAAUUUUACUGUUAGUGAUGUUCCCAAUGUUGUAAAGUCGAAGUUGGUCAAAGGUUUGCACUCGUUUCUGACUUUGAAAUCAUGUGAAAGUCUCCUGAAAAAUUAAGGAGACUGUCAAAAAAAAAGUGUUUUAAGUAUUCAACUUGAAUUAUGAGCCUCCAUUAAAAAAAAAAAAGAA